GCAUACGUUUUUGCUGUUAGAAUAUUUAUAAACGUCAAGAGGAUUGUGGAAAGUCCUUAGCCUUUGGAAACAAGAAAUUUUUUUUUUGGUGUUCAGACUUCCACAGGAGAUGAAGAGUAUUAAAACAUUCGUAUAAUGUUGAAAUAUUUGUUUUGUUAAAUGAAAACUGUUACAAGUGAAUGUUUGAUGAUGUCAAAGCGAAGCAAAACCACUCGGGUGGACGCAGGAAGAAGCGUUGCUGAGGCAAUGAAACAGGUGGAAAGAGCCAUGAGACAUGUGAAGAUUGCUACUGGUGGAAUUGAGAACUUUGAUUUUGGAGAUGGUGCAAUGGGUUCCACUUCUGAAGACAGUCGAGACAGCUCAAAGGGCACAGAGGCAAGAAUAAAUAAAGAUGGGUCAAUCAAAGUAGAGAAAGGCUUCCUUGGAAAGAAAACUUCUAUCCACAUACAUAGUUCCAAAAAUGUUCAGAUUGGAGACAAUAAUGUGAUGGUGAUAAAUCAAACAUCCAAGCCACGAAAAGGAAGGCAGAGAGAUGACUCAAGUUCAGAUUCUGAUGAUUCUGAGGAUGAUAUAGUCAAACCAACAAAGGCAGCUCCACAAAUCUCCGACAUCUGUCAGACAAUACUAACUUCCAGCAGACUGGUGAAUGACCAGGAUGUACGGAGAGCCACCACUCUGAUAGGAAAGUCCUGGAGGAGAGUAGGUCGAGAACUCAGGCUUAGAGAAGCAGACAUGGAGCAGAUUUAUGCACAGCAUUUCCGGGAGGAAGGCAUUCAAGGGGUGGCCCAUCAUAUGUUUACCAAAUGGAGACAGUCAAGUGAUAAACAAGCAACGAUAGGAGUUCUGACCUCAGCCCUUGUAAAGGUCACACCUGCUGUAGACAUUCAAGUGAACUUUGAACCAUGAUUAAUUCCGUUUUCAUGCAGUGAUAUUUUUAAACUAUAAAAGACUAUCAUUAGUUAAAGGGGCAUGGUCACGAUUUUGGUCAAAAAUCAUUUUUCAGAUUUUUAUGUUUGCAAUGUUUCAUCACGGCAUUUUAAAUAGGCAACCAAAAUUUGAGUAUCAUUCGUUGAGUUUUAAGCGAUUUACAGAGCUUACAAUUCUUUGCUUUGUAAACAAAACUUUUGUUUACAUUUUGAAUGUUAAACUUAAAAUUCCAGUUGUAGACCUAAAAUGAAUGUGUUAAGCAUUAAAAACUGUUUAUUAAUGCUUAAAAGGAAUAAGAAGAUAGACAAAUCUGCUUUAAAAAGAAUUUUACUGGCCCGAACCUUGUUUACAUGAGAAAGAGUUGUAAGCCUUGUAUCUUGCACAUAACUCUACAACUGACUCUCAAACCUCACUUGAUCAUUAGAAAUACAUUCCUAAAGCAUUGUGAAUAAUAAAAAUAUUAAAAUUAAAUUUGACCAAAAUCGUGACCAUGCCCCUUUAAUUGGGAGCAUCUAUUUUAUUGAAAAUGCCUGAUUGACAAGUGUUUCCCCACACUGGUAGAAAUGGGACUUAGAUAAUAAAAGUAAAUAUAUGGGAAGCACCUUGCUGUGUUAAUGCCAGUUACUUCAUUAAAAGAAUCACGUUUUUACAAAAAUAUUAUCAAACCUUUUUCUUCAGAAUCAUCAACUUCACAUUCAGGUUGCCAUUGGCAAGAGAUUUGUGAGAAAGCCCUCUGAAAUGCAGACAUUAUGUUUUAUGACAAUUCUUUGUUUUUUCAUUAACUCUAUGAAACAUGUUGAAGUAACACAGAUGGAACUUAAUUUGAAUAAAAGCCAUCAGUAAGUUAUUUGGGAGGGGGUUUAUUGUUGAAUCACAGAUGAUAACAUUUAUAUAUAAAAAAGAAAGAAUUUAGCAAAUACUAGUACAUUUGUAAGUGAAAACAAAUGUAAAAGAUUAUUAAAAUGGUUGAUUAACUUUCAAUGUAAAUAAUGUUGUGUAAAUAUUGAAUGUAUGUAUGUAUCACUACCCUGGCUCUCCAAAUAAAGGAAAGUCAUUUGGGCUGUCUCCCUUUUCUUUGCCAAUUAAAUGAUUUUGAUUUGAAUAAA